AUGGAAGUUUCUAAUGAAAUAAAAGAAGAUAUAAGAAGGACGCAAUCAGACCUUAAGAAUGCGAUUCGUAUGCAUCAGGUUUGGGUUUCCCGCCUUCAAGAUGAUGAAAAUAAUAAUUUUAUUAAAUCAAAAGUAAGUGAAGCCGAAAAGGAAAUUAUUGCCAUUGGUCGUGCCCAAAAACUAGUGGUUGAUAGAUUGCGUAAAGAAUUAGAACUCUACCAACAACGUCUUCGAGCUAAGAGUAAGCAAGUGAGCAUUGAAAAUGACAAUAGCUAUAUUGCUCAACAACUAAGAGACCACCAAGUGCAACAUCGUAAUAGAAAUAGAUCCACAUCACUUCUAAAACCCUCUGUGUUAAAUGAAAUUCAAAUAAAAACUGAAAAUGCUGUUGAUGAGAGCAACAUAUCUGAUUCAGAGAAUGAAGGGAACUCAAUCACUAAUGAUACAACAAAUAAUGAGGAUAAUCAGAAGGAGAGUUUUGUGAAAAAUUUUCCACAGUUGCAACAUCUAAUGCAUAGCAACAGAAGUAAUUUUGAAAAUGCACUCAAUAAAGUUAAGGAAGUUUUUCUGGGGACAAAGUUUGAUGAUAAUGAUUGGCCAGACCGCUCAGACUCCGAUUCAUCACCACAAAUGGAAAUAUCUCCAGCUUCAUCACCUCCCCCAUUGCCUCAGCCGGGUGAACCAGUAUCAAAAGAAAUUUUUAUGAGACUCCUUGGCUUAGUUACACCCACACAGAAGGAGAUAAUGGAAAAGAGAAUAAGUGAAUGUCGUAAAAGAGCUUCUAGUGCCAAUAGAAGUGACUUUGUUUAUGGCAAUUUUGAAAUGCUUCCUAAACGAAAGAAAUUGAAUCAGUUUCCAUACCUGCAGAACCACAGCGACCCCCCUCAAACCCGUUCAGCAAAACUUAGGAAGCAGAAUCAGAGCAAGUCACGGGAAGGAUCACCAUCUGGUUCUUUAUCUGAUAAUAAAGGCUGGAGCAACAACAAGCCUACAUGGAUGUCAAAUCUACCUGUCGGUCUUUCUGUGGAGCCAGUUUACAACACAACAAAGAAAGUGUGUCACGGCUGUGGUAGAAACGAUGUGCCAUCGUUACUGGUGGCUUGUGGAGAAUGUUCGGUGUGGCAACACACGGGGUGUGGGCUAGAAGGACGGUGCGCCGCUUGUCGUGCUCCCCUGCCCGAGCCCGCUGCUUGCGCUACUGGACCUGCGCAUACGCAGCUAUAUACUGAUAAGUUAGCAGAGCGGAAACGGUUGCAAGAGAGGAAUAUUGAACUCUGCGUAGAGCUACGCAAGCUAGAAGCACGAGCGGCGACCCUAAAAGAGAACUUGGACGAGCACAAUGCCGAGAAACGACAAUUGCUGGCAGAUCAGAUCAAGACUCAAAGAAACCUCCAGAAACUUCUAGACUUUAUCAGCCAGUUCAAGGAGACGUCUGUCAGUGUGUCCACCAGUGUCAGUGAAUCGGGGAGCGAAGUUAGCAAGAGUAAUGAGGAAUAA